CACGGCAGCUUAUUACACAGUUAACACUAACCAGAGUCUCGACAGUCUCUCCUUCCCCAAAUUCAGCAGUCGAGAUUCGACACCGUAAGCAUACCUAAUACCAUCUCUACGUUUGAAAUCCGGCCUGUAGGUGUACUUCCUUCAUAUUCAUAUCAGCAUGGAUGUACUUUGUCCUUAGUAUCCUAGGAAUCCUCCUCCUAACAGUGUCUCUGAAUCUUACUGGCGCUCCUAACGCUGCCUCCAUUGGUCGACACCGCUCAAAUCUAUGUCUUCCACCGUGGAUAAAACAAUGGGCGACAGUAAAGCCAUGGAUGAUAAAUACAAUGUCGAAGCCGCAGAAGUUCUAGCCAAUGAGGCGCAGCAUUUGCCCAUUACAGAGGCUGCACCGAUAUACGAGCAACUGCUUACACUUUUUCCAACAGCCGCAAAAUAUUGGAAGCAGUAUGUUGAGGCACACAUGGCUGUAAAUAAUGAUGAUGCUACCAAACAGAUAUUUAGCCGUUGCUUACUAAACUGUCUUCAAAUACCUCUUUGGCGGUGCUACAUUCGUUUCAUUAAAAUGGCCAAUGAGUCCAAGGGGUUAGAGGGUCAAGAAGAGACUAGAAAAGCUUUUGAUUUUAUGCUCAACUAUGUUGGAGCAGACAUAGCAUCUGGGCCUAUUUGGAUGGAGUACAUCACCUUCUUAAAGUCGUUGCCGGCUCUAAGCACUCAGGAAGAGUCACAAAGAAUGACUGCUGUCAGGAAAGUGUACCAAAAAGCUAUUGUUACUCCUACUCAUCACAUUGAACAACUUUGGAGGGACUACGAGAACUUUGAAAACUCUGUUAGCCGCCAACUGGCAAAAGGACUGUUAUCAGAAUAUCAGCCCAAGUUUAACAGUGCAAGGGCUGUCUACAGGGAGCGGAAGAAAUAUGUUGAUGAAAUUGAUUGGAAUAUGCUGGCUGUACCACCAUCUGGCUCUUACAAGGAAGAAGUGCAAUGGAUGGGAUGGAAACGGUUGUUAGCUUUUGAGAAGGGAAACCCACAGAGGAUAGACAGUGCAUCCUCCAACAAGCGAAUUAUAUUCACAUAUGAACAGUGUCUGAUGUAUCUGUACCAUUAUCCUGAUAUCUGGUAUGACUAUGCGACAUGGCAUGCAAAAAGUGGUUCAGUAGAUACUGCAGUCAAAGUAUUUCAGCGAGCUUUGAAGGCUCUUCCUGACUCAGAAAUGCUAAGGUAUGCAUAUGCAGAGCUGGAGGAAUCUCGUGGAGCAAUUCAGCCUGCAAAGAAAAUAUAUGAGAGCCUUUUAGGGGAUGAUGUUAACACAACGACGCUUGCACAUAUUCAAUUUAUUCGCUUUCUAAGAAGGACUGAGGGUGUUGAAGCAGCUCGCAAGUACUUUUUAGAUGCUCGGAAAUCCCCAAAUUGCACAUACCACGUUUAUGUUGCUUAUGCAAUGAUGGCCUUUUGUCUUGACAAGGAUCGAGAGAUUGCACAUAAUGUUUUCGAAGCGGGAUUGAAAAGGUUUAUGCAUGAGCCUUUAUACAUUCUUGAAUAUGCAGAUUUUUUGACACGCUUGAAUGAUGAUAGAAAUAUCCGGGCCUUAUUCGAGCGGGCACUGAGUUCGCUCCCACCAGAGGAAUCUGUUGAGGUUUGGAAACGAUUUGCCCAAUUUGAGCAAACUUACGGAGAUCUGGCAAGCAUGUUGAAGGUUGAACAAAGAAGGAAAGAAGCUCUUUCUAGAACAGGGGAAGAAGGAGCAUCAGCAUUAGUGGGAUCGUUGCAAGAUGUUGUCUCACGUUACAGUUUCAUGGAUCUUUGGCCAUGCUCUUCUAAAGAUUUGGAUCAUUUGGCACGGCAAGAGAUAAUUCCAAGACCUGUUUUUUCCCCCUCUUUUCAGUGGCUUGCCAAAAAUAUGAAUAAGAAGGUUGAGAAGUUGGCUCUGCCUAAUGGACCUGGGUCUGUAGAUAAAGAUUAUACGGGCCUGAUAAGCAAUUCAACUGUGUCUGCAAAGGUUGUUAAUCCUGAUGUUUCUAAGAUGGUGAUUUAUGACCCAAGACAAAAAUCUGGGAUAGAGACUCUUCCAAGCACAACAUCAUCUGGAGUUCCUGCUGCAUAUAGCAACUUAUCAAAUCCAGUUGCUGCAAUAGUGGGUGGUGGGAUGACCAAUGCAUUUGAUGAAAUACUGAAAGCAACACCACCUGCAUUGGUAGCAUUUCUAGCAAGCUUGCCUGUUGUUGAGGGCCCAACACCGGAUGUGGAUGUUGUAUUAUCUAUUUGCUUGCAGAGUGAUAUACCAGCAGGGCAGACUGGCAAGUUAGGCACUUCCUCAGUGCAAUUGUCAGGUGGUCCUGCCCCUACUACAAGUGUCCUCUCUGGCAGCAAGUCCCAUCCCAUCCCAAGUGCCGCAUCUUUUAAAACAACUAGGGACAGACAAGCAGGGAAAAGGAAAGACCUAGACAGACAAGAGGACGAUGAAACUGCCACUGUCCAAAGCCAGCCACUACCUAGAGAUGUUUUCAGGAUGCGGCAGAUCCAGAAAUCUCGAGGAGGUACGACUACAAAAGCUCGAGGAGUUACCACUUCACAAACAGGAUCAGCUUCAUAUGGAAGUGCACUUUCUGGAGAUUUGUCUGGUAGCACUGGCUGAUUCGCUUUCCAUUACUUUUUCUUUUCCUCUAUUUAUUCCUUUCCCUAUUUUUGUAGAUUGUAGAUGAAAAUUUUUCUUUAAUUUUCCAAUAAAUAGUCUUUCAUUCUUAAGCUUGUAAAUUUAUUCACAUGCUAUUAAAUCAUUGUCAUUAAUAUUAGCCAAUUUUUCACCCUAA